AUGAUCGUGGACUUCAGGAAACAGCAGAGAGAGCACUCCUCUAUCCACAUCGACAGGACAAUAGUGACAUGUACAAUUCAAAGCGCCCUGUCGGGCUGUAUCACUGCCUGGUAUGGCAACUGCGCCGCCCUCAACCACAAGACUCUCCAGAGGGUGGUGCGGUCAGCACAACGCAUCACCAGGAGCAAACUACCUGCCCUCCAGGACACCUACAGCAUUCGAUGUCACAAGGAAGGCAAAAAGAUCAUCAAGGACAACCACCACCCAUCCCACUGCCUGUUCACCCUGCUAUCAUCCAGAAGGCGAGAGGAGAAGGGGGAGAUUCUGAACUCCCUGGGCAGCCCUGACACCAUGUUCGAGCAGUCUGGGCUGGGACCUGGUCAGGAGUACGAGGUCAAACUGGAGGUGGUGAAGAACAACACCAGCGGACCUGCAGCACGCAAAAGCCUUUUCACAAAGAUCGAUUCUCCUAGAGAGGUGAAUUUGCGUGAUGUAACGGACACCACAGCGCUGGUGACCUGGUUCCUGCCUGUGGCCAUGGUGGAUGGGGUGAGAGUGUCCUAUGGGCCCAGCAAAAAACCCUCAGACAGGAACACAGUGGAGCUGUCCUCCAGCGACACACAGCACCACCUGGGCAGCCUGAACCCUGACACAGAGUAUGAGGUGUCGCUCAUGGCCAAGAGGGGAGAGAUGACCAGCGUGCCUGUAUCUGAGACCUUCCUAACAGACCUGGAUGCCCCACGGGACCUGCAGACGGUAGAGCUGACUGACGAGAGCAUUACUCUGGAGUGGAAGAACAGCCAGGCUCAAGUAGACAACUACCGCAUCAAAUAUGGCCCCCUCUCUGGAGGAGACCAUGGAGAGCUGUUGUUCCCUACCGGACCCCUGGACACCACCCAGGCCAAGAUCACUGGCCUGAGAGCUGGGACAGAGUAUGGGAUGGGAGUGACAGCUGUGAAGAGUGAGCGUGAGAGCCUUCCUACCACCACCAAUGCUGUUACAGCGUUGGAUGCUCCUAAGAACCUGGAGGUGGAGUCUUCCUCUGAGACUGAGAUGGUACUGGUGUGGCAGAAGCCGGUGGCUAAGAUUGACAAGUACAAGCUGGAGUACGUGUCAGCCGAUGGGAGAAGGGCUGAGGUGACACCCUUCUCUAUAGACGUCAAGUACACCAUGAGGAACUUGACGCCCGGCAUGUUGUACACCAUCACCCUGACUGCUGAGAGGGGACGCAGGCAGAGCGUCCCCACCACCAUCUCCGCAACAACAGAGGAGGAGAAGCCUGUGCUGGGCAAACUGACAGUGUCAGACGUGUCGUGGGACAGCUUCCUGGUGUCCUGGGUCACUGAGGAGGGAGACUUUGAUGGCUUUGUGGUUGAGGUGACAGACGCAGAGGCAGGGGUAGACUGGCAGAACCACACCCUGCAAGAUGCGGCCCAGAGCCUGGGCAUCGUGGCCUCUCCCGCCACCUGGUACAAUGUCAGUCUGUAUGGGCUGUUCAAGGGGGCCCUGUUGGGGCCUGUCUAUGCAGAAACCAUCACAGAAGCUGAACCCAUCGUGGAGCAUCUCUUGGUCUCUGACAUCACCCCAGACAGCUGUAAAGUGGCCUGGUUGGCUGAAGAGAACCUCUUUGAUAGUUUUGUCAUUGUGAUCAAUGAUACUAGCGACGACCUCGCUUCUCCGCAAGAGGUGGUCGUGCCCGGCGAGGAGAGAACAACAGUGCUUACUGAGCUAAUUGACGACACAGAGUACGAAAUUGAGCUGUAUGGGGUAAUUUCUGGACGGCACUCAGACUCUAUCUCCGGGGUGGCCAAAACAGGGCUGGGCACACCCAAGGGCAUCCAUUUCUCUGAUGUCACUGAUACCUCGGCCAUUGUACACUGGACAAUCCCCAGGGCUCGAGUGGACAGCUACCAUGUCACCUAUGUCCCUGCUCAGGGAGGUGCUCCUCAGACUGUGACAGUAGGUGGCACUGAGUCUCAGAAGGUGCUGUCCAACCUGACCCCUGGAGUGACCUACCAGUUGACAGUCAUCUCUGUGAAGGGACAGAAGGAGAGUGAGCCUGGCUCCAGCAGCGUCACCACAGCUCUGGACAAGCCCCGUGGCCUGACUGUAGUCAACAUCAAUGACACAGAUGCUCUGCUCCACUGGCAGCCUUCCAUCGCCACUGUAGACGGAUAUGUCAUCAGCUACAGCGCAGACACUGUUGUCCCAGUGAUGGAGAGAGUGUCUGGAAACAUUGUGGAGUUUGAGAUUACCUCCUUGACCCCUGCCACCCACUACACUGUCAAGGUCUACGCCAUGAGAGCGGCUGCUAAGAGCGCCGCCACCACCACUGAGUUCACCACUGAUGUAGAUGCCCCUCAGGACCUGACAGCCAGUAGCAUCCAGACAGAGAACGCCAUGUUGACCUGGAAGGCCCCGCGCGCUGACAUCACCGGCUACAUCCUCAGCUUUGAGUCAGCUGACGGCACAAUCCGGGAGGUUGUUCUGAGCCCCACAGCCACGUCCUACAACAUGGCCCAGCUGAGUGCCUCCACUGAGUACUCCGUCAGACUGCUGGCCAUCGCAGGGCCCAAGAGGAGCAGAGUCAUCACCACUGUCUUCACCACCAUUGGCGUGCUCUACAAACACCCCAGGGACUGCUCGCAGGCCUUGCUGAAUGGAGACACAGCCUCUGGUGUCUACACCAUCUACCUGGGUGGAGAUGAGAGUCAGCCCAUACAGGUCUACUGUGACAUGGCCACAGAUGGAGGUGGAUGGAUUGUGUUUCUCAGACGCCAGAGUGGUAAACUGGAGUUCUUCCGCAACUGGAGGAACUACACUGCUGGCUUCGGUGACAUGAACGACGAAUUCUGGCUCGGCCUGUCAAACCUCCAUAAGAUCACUGUAGUGGGACAGUACGAGCUGCGUGUAGACCUCAGAGACAAGGGGGAUGUAGCCCAUGCCCAGUACGACAAGUUCUCCAUCUCUGAUCCCCGCAGUCGCUACAAGGUCCACGUUGGAGGGUACAGUGGUACCGCAGGUGAUUCUAUGACCUACCACCAUGGUCGCCCAUUCUCAACCUACGACCAUGACAAUGACAUCGCAGUCACCAACUGUGCCCUGUCCUACAAGGGUGCCUUCUGGUAUAAGAACUGCCAUCGUGUCAACCUUAUGGGACGAUAUGGCGAUGACAGUCACAGCAAGGGAGUGAACUGGUUCCAUUGGAAAGGCCAUGAGCACUCCGUUGAGUUUGCUGAGAUGAAGAUCAGGCCAUCCAACUUCAGGAACUCUGAGGGAAGGAGAAAACGAUCGUAAACCAACCAACCGAUCCGCGCUACGACCCAUCUCCUCGUGACCCCUGAACCUGUCCACCAUCCUCUUCCACUGCUGAUUCCAGGUCUGCAUCCCAAAUGGCAUUAUAUUCCCCAUAAAGUGCACUGCUGUUGACCAGGGCCAGUAGAGCUCUGGUCAAAGUGGUGCACUAAAUAGAGAAUAGGGUGCCAUUUGGGACACAACCCACAAUUCUCUGCAGCUACCAAAGCCACUGCUAAGAGCCCAGCAACCUCGAACUACACCCCUCCUCUUGCUCAAUCACAGAACUAAGCACAGAUACCGUAAAAAUGUACUACAAAUCCCACUAUCCAACCCCUGAUACAAAAUGGCUGUGCCGUGUAAAUAGUGUCAAUGCCAAAUUGAUGUGGAUUUACACGUCACAAAGUAAACCCACAGAUUAUACUUUGCACCAAAGAGAGUAUAAUAUUCAAAUCCCAAGUAGAAAGCAUUUGUUUCUUUCUUGUCACUGUCAUGUUACAGUCACAUCACUCAGUGGAGGGGUGCAUUUGAGUCUGGUCUGAGGUAUUAACAUGUAGAAUACUGAUGUUUUCUGCCUCUACAGUGUAUCCAUCUCCUCCAACCACAGUAGGCCAUUAGAGUGUUUGCCAGGGUUGGGGUCAGUUCGACUUGAAGGCAGUCAAUUUAGAAAGUGAUUUGAAUGUAAAAUUAAAAAAAUAUAACAACAUUUUAAAUAUAUUGACAUUAAAAACAACAACGUUUAUUGAGUAGUCAUUGAGAAUAAUCCUCUUUUUAAAUAUAUUGACAUAAAAACAACAACGUUUAUUGAGUAGUCAUUGAGAAUAAUCCUCUUUUUAAAUGAUUGAAUUGGAAUUUCACUUUACUUCCUGAAUUGACUGCCUUCAAUUGGAAUUGACUCCAAGCCUAGUGUUUGCAGAGAUGGCAUGGUAUACCUGUAAACUGGAUUAUAGAAAUGAUGUUCUUUGACUAACACACCACCCAUCAAGAGCACAUACCUUCAAUUCAAUCAUCUGGAUGGAAGUGGUUAUUGAUCAAAAAGAUUCUCUACAUAAACCGCACAACUCAUUCAAAUGUAAAAUAUCUUUGUAAAGUGGAGAGAGCGAGCUCACAGAGAAAGGCUGUCUCAUUCAUUAGUCUAUGUGUGACUCAUUCUUUUUCACUUUACGAUUCCCUCUCUCUCGAAAUCCCUUCUUCACCUCAACCUGCAAACUGUCUUCUGAAAUGAUAUGGGCAGAAUAAAUGGCAUUCUGAAUAAAGGUCAUCUGCUUCAUCCCACACACAGGAUGAAUGACAUGAGGUGUUUCUAUUGAUUGUGUGGGCUAUACAGGCACUGUGCAAUUGUCUCUUACACAUGCAACUGAGCUAGUACUACUUUUUCCACCAGCUAUCAUGCAUUUGCUGAAGGACACAGAGAAUUCUGUUUGAUUUGUUUUCUAUUUCCUAAAACAUCCAAGGCAGGACCUACAGUUCAAUAAACAAUGAAAUGGUGGGUGAUUGUUACAUUUUUGCUAAAUGGGAAAUACUUAUAUGGAUGCAACAGGAGUCAGAGGAAUAUUGUGAUGAAAUAUAGAAGAUAUGGACGCUUAAAAAUAGGCCAAUGGCCAAUUCCAAUUGACAUUGUAAGGUCUUAGUGUUUACUUUGCUGAGAAACAUCUAUUUGGUCAGACCAAAAUUAACUAGAGAGAAGUUCUUCUUGUUCUGUUCUCCCCCUCCCCUCCCCCUGCUAUGCCAGGAGACGAAACCACUGAGAUCCCCUCCCCAUGAAAUACCUGUGUAAAUUAAAGUUUUUUAAAUAAUUGUUUUGUUUUUUGAUUUUUGAUUGUUUAUAACUGGGUGAACAACAGGUGUUUCUCUGUAGCCCGUAUUACAAUAAUAAAAAAAGGUUUGUUUAAAAA